GUGCCCACGUCGACUGCUGCGGGCUGAGCAAUCGAGGAUGGUCGCUGUCGUCCGAUGGUCAGCAUGAGAGCCCUCUCUGCGCGGAUCAUGCGAGCAUGGGAAUAUUUGGAGGAAACGACAAUUUGACGGGCCACUCAAAGAAAAGAAACAUGUGGAAGACCCUGACACUCUCCCUGAUAGUGGCACUGGCAUUGGGCACAGAGGUGUCCCAGUGUGAGGAUGUGGGCAUGGCGGUUGUGGAGAAGGCGGUGGACCAGCAGCAGGAGAACUUCAGCGAAAUAGCCAACGUACCAACAAAGUCCCAACACCAGAUCCUGGCUGCUCAGUUCGAGUGCUACAUGAAGAUCAUCCACGAUCCGCCGUGCACAGAUGAAGGUCAUUUCUGCAACCGUACGUGGGACGGCUGGCUGUGCUGGGGGGACACCGCUCCAGGGACCGUCAUGCAGAUGUGCCCGGAAUACUUUUUUGACUUUGACCCUGCCGAGAAGGUGACCAAGGUGUGUAAUCCUGGGGGCCAGUGGUUCCACCACCCAGAGAGCAACAGAGUCUGGACUAACUACACCCAGUGUCAGGCCUACACCAAAGACAAACUCAAGUUCGCCAUUAGUCUCUACUACCUGGCCAUGGUGGGUCACGUCAUGUCCAUCGUCUCCCUGGUCAUCUGUCUGAUCAUCUUCUCCUACUUCAAGAGUCUCAGCUGCCAGAGAAUCUCCCUCCACAAGAACAUGUUUCUCUCCUUCAUCUUGAACUCCAUCAUCACGAUAAUGUGGCUCUCGCUCACUGUGGCCAACAACCAAGCCAUAAACGCCAGCAACCCUGUGAGCUGUAAGGUCCUGGCCGCGCUGACUCAGUACACGGCCACCUCCAACUACUUCUGGAUGCUGUGUGAGGGCAUCUACCUGCACACGCUCAUCAUCGUGGCGGUCUUCGUCGGGGAACAGCAGCUCUUCUGGUACUACAUCGUGGGAUGGGGUUUUCCCAUUGUUCCUGCCAUCACGUAUGCCGUGGCUCGCGGGCUCUACUUCAACGACAAGUGCUGGAUCAGCUCUGACACACACCUGCUUUAUAUCAUUCAUGGGCCCAUUCAAGCUGCACUAUUUGUGAACUUUUUUUUCCUCCUGAACAUCGUCCGGGUUCUCAUCACCAAGUUGAAAGAGACCCACUGCGCUGAGUCCACAGCCUACAUGAAGGCUGUGAGAGCCACCCUCAUCCUCAUCCCUCUGCUGGGAAUCCAGUUCAUCCUUUUCCCCUGGAGGCCGGAGGGACGCAUCAGCCGGGCCAUCUAUGAUUUCUUCAUAAACAUCUUCUCCCACUUCCAGGGACUCCUGGUGGCAAUUAUAUUCUGUUUCUGCAAUGCUGAGGCUCAGACAGCGUUGAAGAGGAAGUGGGCUCAGUGGGAGUGUGCCUGGGGUAAAACCGGCUGGGAUGAAACACCCAUCACCAGCUACCACCACAACUCCUCCAUAACCGAAACCAGCCGAGUCACCAUCUGCUCGGAGGAGCCUGCUGCCAUGCUGUCUGAACCAAACGAAGGCAGCCACUUCCUGCCCCAGGUGCAGCAGAGAGCCAACGGGCAGCAGAAGACGUGCAGCAACGGCGAGGCGGACACGCCCAACAAGAUGGAGAGCACCGACAUUUGACCAGAGGGGAAACACACGGAGGCGGUGGUUUCGGUGCCAAAACAAAACACACACACACACACACACACACACACACACAUAAACACACGCUCACUUAUUUGAUGCGCACAGAAAGAACAGAAAACUAAAAAAGGUUAUAGCAACAGCUCCAGUUUAUGAACUGAUGAGAAAAAGAUAGACUCAUAUUAUGGUGUAAUCCUAGUAUAGUAACGGCUUUUGCAUACAUGUGUUCUGUCGCUGGAAUAAAGUCCACUUAUGUAUUUCAGUUAAUAUAUCAAAUGAAGAGCUGUUUGUGUAAUCCGUUGUCUUACAAAGCCUCGGAAUGCUUUAACCGUACACCCCUGUGACCGAUAAAUGUCCUAACCCAUGAAGUUUUUGAUAUGUUUUUUUAAAUGCUUUUGUCUAGGAAAGGUUGUGUAAUCAUCGCUGACCUUCAAAAAUAAAAAGCCAGCAUCCCUCUUUUAGCCUUUCAGAAAAUAAAAACCACAUCACACUGAGAGGCAACUCAACCGUGACAUGUUAAUUUCCCAACAACAAGUGACAGAAAUAGGAUUUAAUUUCAGUCUGAGUAAGUGUACGAUGGACAUAGGAUACUUCAUUUUGUACUUAUAAGACCAGAAUCUGACUUUUUGACUUUCAGCUUUUGCUAUUUGCUGAUGUUGAAAACAGAAGUCAUGUUUGCAUUUUGGUCGGUAAAACUAACUCUUGACAUGUAACUGGUCGGAAGAAACGUAUCCCCACUGUCAUCGCUCCUCAAGUCGAUGGUCACCCACUACGUACGCUUACACAAAUCUUCAGGUUGCUAAAAUGAUGAUUUUACGUACAUUUUUAAAGGGCUUUGAGCAUAAAGAUAGUGGCAAUCUAUAUAUGACUAUGACAUCUCCGCAUGGUAUAACAUCCUGGCUACAUGAAAGCUAAAACACGUAUGUAAAAGCAGUGGGAGGCUAAUUUUGAGGCUCGACUGAUUCAAACUGAUUUGUGCCGAACAUUAUGGGUUACAACUAUCCUAAUUCAGACCGGUAGCAGAGCUUUUAGUGCAGGAUAAUUACUGGCGCAGAGAUAAUGGAGCUGUGGAGUGCUGCAAUAAUCUCACUCCUACUGAAUAUCAGUCAUUCUCCUCGUUUACUCCAUUGGGGACACAGGUUUUGGGGAUAUUUUGGCAAAAGUGAGUGCACAUGCAACAGACGUACAGCCACUGUGGUCUGUGAAAUAAUGUAAAUAGGGAGCGUGCACACAUGUGCUUUUCACGAGUAAGAAAGAAAGAAAUGUUACUUAUUUAAUAUCCCACAAUCUUCGCUUUCUAUUAUGACAUGUAUUGUAGUACGAUGGGAAAUCUUAAUGUGAUAAAAACGAUUUUAUACACUGAACAUUUAGGAGGAAAACAAAGAUGAGACGGCUCAUGUUUAGGAUGCCAUUUUUAAAUGUUUCUCUCUAAAAUGUAGCCUUUGCAGAUAAAACAAGACUGUGCCAAAUGUUUUAUAUAAAUUGUUAGGAAUGAAUGUUUUUCCAUCUUUUUUAAAAACCCACUUCAGUCGCCACGAGACAAUUUCAAAGGUUUAUUAAAUUUAACUUUAUUAUUAUAGUGUUCCUAUUGCUUUGUAAUGAUCUCUGUUCUUGUUGUUGCUGUCAAAACGGCCGGUUUCACUAUUUGGCCGUGUUGUUAAAAUAUGCUUUAUUUGCAAAUACAAUUCUCUGCCACUUCACAUUUAAUUAAAUAGUUUUUCUAAUUGCUUAUGAUUGAAAGUGAGCUUGCAGCAAAUGCAUUUCGGUGUUCUUCCAGGAGAACCACAUACUGGGAAUACAAAUGUCCCAAUGUGGAUACAGCAGGCUACACUGGUGCAGGAGGAAUAAAACAUAAUUGAAGAAUGUCGGCUCUCUGCAAAGGGACGCCACCCUUGUACACGUUUGCCAAUGCUG